UAUCCCACCAUGUUGCAUUGAUCCGUAGGGUACUGUCUUGUGGGUGGGGCGAUUUUUUGUUUGUAGGCCAUCUCGACACUGAUCUAUUACCUUGAAGAUUUUCUGUCCGUUGAAUUGAGCCUUGGCUGAUCAGCCAGGAAGUCUUUUGCCUUUGCAAUAAAGAACUACUUAUCAGCGUUCCCACUUGACAAACAUGAUCCGUUUAGUCGUGCUGCUUGCACUAUGCGCAAUUGCAACAAUAGCAGAAGAUGUCCCGGUCACCUGUGGAAGCGUAAUCAAGCUCAAGCAUGCCGCUACUGGCUUCGACCUGCACUCGCACGAGAUCUCAUAUGGCUCAGGCAGCGGGCAGCAGUCAGUCACUGGCUUCCAGGACACCUCUGAUGCUAACAGCCUAUGGGUUGUCACUGGAGCCCAGGAGGCAGAAUGUGUGCAAGGGACGCCCAUUAAGAGCGGCACCGCUGUGAGGCUGCAGCAUGUAGCCACCAGAAGAUGGCUGCACAGCCACCACUUCCCCUCGCCACUGUCACAGAAUUUGGAGGUGAGCGCCUUUGGAAAUGACAAGGAGUCUGACCAUUUGGACAACUGGGAAGUGCAGUUCUCUGGCUCGCAAUGGCUGCAAGACCAGAAGGUGAAGCUCAAGCACAAGGAGACAGGCGGCUUCCUGUCCAGCAGUGCUGACAAGAGGUAUGGGCGGCCAAUCGGGGGCCAACUGGAGAUCUGCGGGAAGAAGAAGGCAGGCAGAACCGAGGAGUGGAUGGCUACAGAAGGGAUCUUCUUCCCGGAAAGAUCUGAUGUUGAAUGACGUCUGCUAGAUUGUGAUUUAUUCUACCGGAUAAAGUUUCCAAUCGAUGGAUUGGGCUUUUAGCAUUUCUGGCCCAACCAGGAUGGCACCAAUCGUACAAGUGUGAUUGCUCUGUAAUUUCACCAAUGCUCUCCGGUAAGGAUUAGAAAAGGCCCAAACAUACUGUAAUCAAUAGAAGGAACCGAAAGAUCAAGCAAUGAUGAUGUCACAUCAUUUAUGCGCCUUCAGGGGAAUAUGCACUUAUCUCCCCAAUCUCUCGCUCGCCAAUUCCUGACAGUAAGUCCCCGCCAUGACUGCAGAACGGAUCAAACAAAUCCGGUUGUCAUCGCUGAACCACCAUCUGGCAAUCAUUGCAACGGUGGAACAGCAGCACCCUUCAACUUGUUCUUUUCUGCUCGCAUUUUGACCAUCUCAUCCACUUCUGCAGCUGUCUUAUCUGUGUAUUCCACUAGCUUGGUGCCUGUAUAUGCACCAAUGCCUGCAUACAGCACGUGCUCCCAUGGCGACUGCCACACAGGUAAUUUCCUCACUGCAUUGCUGUAGAAUUGCACGCCCACUCCAACGAUGGCUCCGAACACCGCCCCGGACACCAUGGCGAAGUUCUCUGAAAAUACUGCCUACCGUGCUACCUUCUGCCCCGUCAGGCUAGCGUUUAGCAAAAACCUUCCAGGUGCACAGGCUCUGUCCUACUGACGUACACGACUAUGGACCGCUAUGAACUGUCUAUAUUGU